GAAGAAGGAGUAUUGAUUUCAUUUCCGUUCCAUUGAAAGUCAACUCUGUCUCUCAGUCAUACACAGAUCUCUCUUCGUUUCUGCAAUCUCAAUCUCUUCCUUUCACUUCAACAAUGCGAAUCUUCGUUCUGCUUUCGCUCGUAACCCUUCUCUUCUUCUCCUCCUUCUCUCCGAUCCUCUGCAAAGACCUCGCCGACGAUGAGGAUCUAAGCUUCCUCGACGAACCCGAUGAACCCUCCAAUUCGCAUUACAGCCAUGACCACUUCGACGACGAUGCCAAUUUCGACGACUUCUCGGGAUUCGAGGAGACAUACAAAGAGCCUGAGGUGGACGACAAGGACGUCGUCGUUUUGAAGGAGAAGAAUUUCACCGACUUUGUGAAAAACAACCGUUUCGUGAUGGUGGAAUUCUACGCGCCAUGGUGCGGUCACUGCCAGGCCUUGGCUCCUGAGUAUGCCGCCGCCGCCACUGAGUUGAAGGGUGAAAAUGUCAUUUUGGCAAAGGUGGAUGCCACUGAGGAAAAUGAAUUGGCUCAAGAGUAUGAUGUUCAGGGUUUUCCCACUAUCUACUUCUUCAUUGAUGGCAUUCACAAGCCUUAUCAUGGCCACAGAACCAAAGAUGCUAUAGUGACGUGGAUUAAGAAGAAGGUAGGGCCUGGUAUACACAAUAUAACUACAUUGGAUGAUGCUCAACGCAUAUUGACCAAUGAAAGUAAAAUUGUUUUGGGCUUUCUCAACUCUCUAGUUGGUCCUGAAAGUGAGGAGCUUGCUGCUGCUUCAAGGCUUGAGGAUGAUGUCAAUUUCUAUCAAACUGUGAAUCCUGAUGUGGCAAAACUUUUCCAUAUUGACCCAGAUGUUAAACGCCCGGCUUUAAUUCUGAUAAAGAAAGAAGAGGAAAAACUGAAUCACUUUGAUGGGCAAUUUGUUAAGUCGGCAAUAGCAGAUUUUGUCUUCUCCAACAAGCUUCCUUUGGUAACUAUUUUUACUAGAGAAAGUGCCCCAUCAGUCUUUGAAAAUCCAAUCAAGAAACAGUUGUUGCUGUUUGCGACUUCAAAUGAUUCAGAGAAGUUCAUCCCAGUAUUUCAAGAAGCAUCAAAAUCUUUCAAGGGAAAGUUGAUCUUUGUAUAUGUGGAAAUGGAUAAUGAAGAUGUUGGAAAGCCUGUUUCAGAUUACUUUGGUAUCAGUGGGAGUGCUCCAAAAGUACUUGCAUACACUGGAAAUGAUGAUGGAAAAAAAUUUGUGUUUGAUGGAGAGGUGACUGUUGACAAAAUUAAGGCAUUUGGGGAAGAUUUCCUUGAAGACAAGCUAAAACCUUUUUUCAAGUCAGAUCCAGUUCCUGAAAGUAAUGAUGGUGAUGUGAAAAUAGUAGUUGGGAAUAACUUUGAUGAAAUUGUUUUGGAUGAGUCAAAGGAUGUUCUUCUUGAGAUCUAUGCUCCCUGGUGUGGCCAUUGCCAAGCACUAGAACCAAUAUACAACAAGCUUGCAAAACAUCUUCGUGGUAUUGAGUCUAUUGUUAUAGCCAAGAUGGAUGGAACAACAAAUGAGCAUCCCAGGGCAAAGCCUGAUGGAUUCCCCACUCUUCUCUUCUUCCCAGCAGGAAACAAGAGUUUUGACCCUAUUACUGUUGACACUGAUCGUACAGUGGUAGCCUUUUAUAAGUUCCUAAAGAAACAUGCAUCAAUUCCAUUCAAGCUCCAGAAACCAACCUCAAGUUCUAAAUCCGAGAGCCCUGAUGCCACAGAGAGCUCUGAUGUCAAAGAGAGUCAGAGUAGCAAUAGUGAUGGGAAGGAUGAAUUAUGAGGAGUUAAGUGAGAUAUUUUUAUUUAUGGUGACAUAGUUACUGAGGGAGAAAAUAUCACCUAUUUCCUCUCACCCCUGUCCGAUAGAAGGGGGGAGAGGGAGUUGCAAAGGGGAUAAAGCGAGGCAACAUGUGUUACUACCAUCAACUUCAAUUUUUACAACUGUGGGUAUUUUAGAAUUUUUGGGUGAGACUUUAAUAAAUUCCCCUAAAUUUUAAUAACGAAAUUUGCUAUGGACCGUAUACUUGAUACGCUUUUAUUUUCUUCUCUGUAUCAUUAUCGAUAAUUAUGUACGAGGAGAAAUGAUAGAUGUCCGUAAAGAAAUCUCACUCACAUGGCAUAUGC